CUGACUAUUUAUAUUUGUAGUUAUUACAGUAAUAGUAUUUUAAAUACAUCUAAAUUAUGUGUUAAGCUUGUGGUUUUUAAUUUCUAUAAAAUAUAUCUUGUGGAGGAAUGAAUAUAUUAUAAUUUAUAACUUGUUAAGACAAAAUGCACCAGUAAUAAUAUUUUCUUCAUAUUUCUACAAAAUAAGUAUUGGCUUUCCCCGAUAUGAUCCGCCAAGGAAGCAUUGAUGAUAUAAAUGCACAGCAAUUUCUAAAGAUUUCCAAUUAUGAAGAAACAGUUAGACAACUAGACAUAUACUAUGCUAUAGUUAAAAGACAAUUAUUGAGAUUUCAGAGCCCUAUAACUGGGUUGUUCCCAGUAUUGUCGUCAGAUCUACAUAUUGGAAGUGUAAGGGAUAGUAUUUAUUGUGCUGCUGCAGUUUGGGGAUUGUAUCAAGCCUAUAGACGGAUUGAUGAUGACAGAGGAAAAUCUCAUGAAUUAGGACAGAGCACAGUAAAAUGCAUGCGUGGAAUACUUGAAUGUUGGAUAAAGCAAUCAGCGAGAGUGGAGGCCUUUAAGACCAGACAGAGUGCUGCACAUGCCCUGCAUGUUAAGUUCCACCUUACCACUGGUGAGCCUGUGCUUAGUGAUGAGCAAUACCAUCAUCUCCAGAUUGAUGUGAUAUCACUCUAUCUGCUCUUUCUUGUUCAGAUGAUUACAUCUGGAUUGCAAAUCAUUUACACACAGGAUGAAGUAGCUUUUGUACAAAACUUAGUAUAUUAUGUGGAACGUGCAUAUCGCACACCCGACUAUGGUAUGUGGGAGAGGGGGACUAAAUACAAUGAUGGGAAACCAGAGAUUCAUGCCUCAUCUAUAGGCAUGGCUAAGGCGGCCUUGGAGGCCAUUAAUGGCUGCAACCUGUUCGGUGACAAGGGCGCGUCGUGGAGCGUGGUGUACGUGGACAUCGACGCGCACAACCGCAACCGGAGCAUCUUCGAGACCAUGCUACCCAGGGAAUCCAGUUCGAAGGGGGUCGAUGCGGCACUUCUGCCAACCAUAUCAUUUCCCGCGUUCGCCACUCACGAGGAACUAUUGCUACAAUUAACUAAAAGUAACAUAUUAAAACGCUUGCAAGGAAAAUAUGGAUUUAAAAGAUUCAGCCGAGACGGUUGCAAGUGUGUUUUAGAAGAUCCGAAUAGGAGAUACUAUAACGAAGGCGAGUUGAAGGAGUUCGAAGGUGUCGAGUCAGAAUGGCCACUUUUCUACGUGAUGAUGAUCAUUGACGGAGUUUUUCGAACAUUACCCGAUCAAGUUGAAGAGUACCAGAAGCUGUUAAAGUCUAGGAUAUAUAUGGAUGAGUACGGAGAUCCAGUAAUACCAUGGUACUACUACGUUCCGAAGGAGGGAAUCGAGAAUGAACGUAUUGAACCAUACUCCGUGCGGAGGCUGCCUGCCAACCAACCAGGUGACGAAGAAAAUAAAGAUACUGGUGGAUUGUUCCUGUGGGCGCAAUCGCUAUUCGUUAUAGCUCAGCUGCUAACGGAGGGCUUACUGCAUGUCAACGAGCUGGACCCCAUAAAACGGUACUUGCCCUCGUAUAACCGUCCAAGGCGCGCCGGACGCUAUUCAGCUUUCCAGGCAAAACCGGCAUUUGGUAUAGCAACAGACCUAGUGGUCCAAGUCGUUCUGAUCGCAGAAUCGAUGCGUCUCCAAGCAAUGUUGGGUACAUACGGGAUCCAAACGCAGACACCUCACGAAGUUGAACCUGUUCAGAUAUGCAGUUCUACACAACUCGUGCAUGUGUACAGAGAGCUGGGGGUGUGUGGGAAACUAAAGCUGACGGGCAGACCCAUACGACCAGUUGGCUCUCUCGGUACAAGCAAGAUUUACAGGGUGUGCGGUAUGACAGUGCUGUGUUACCCGCUAAUAUUUGAGGUGUCCGAGUUCUACUUGUACAGAGAUAUGGCGCUGCUUAUAGAUGAUAUAAAGACUGAGCUACAGUUUGUUGGCAAAUAUUGGCGCCUGUCAGGCCGUCCAACGGUGUGCCUGCUGGUUCGCGAGGAACACAUGAGAGACCCACACUUCAAGCAGAUGCUAGACCUUUUCGCGAUGCUCAAAAAAGGUCACUGCGACGGAGUCAAAGUCCGCCUCGGAAGGCUACAGAAUCUCAUUUCAAGUUCUUGCAUUGAACAUUUGGAUUUCAUGAGCCAAGGCGAGUUUCCCUCGGAGAUGUUCACGCAGUUCAAGCAGCUGCAACACGAUUACAUCGGCUACCAGUCGCUCACGGACGUGCCACGCACGCUCACGUACCGGGAACAGAACCUCGACCUGCAGGCCUACAGCCAGCGCUCCACCCCCGACGUGCUCGACGCGCUGCGCACCACCGACAACAUCUUCGCACAGAGCCAGCUCUGGGGCAUUCUGCUGGAGCGGGAAGGGCCCAUGUACGAGGUGAACGGGACAAGCACGCUGGAAGCGCUGAAGGCGCUGUACGGCAGCGCUGGCGUACUGCGCCACUGGCGCGCCGUGCGCUACUGCUCGUCGCUGCUGAGCCACACCGUGGACUCCAUCAGCCCCUUCAUCACCACCGUGCUCGUCAGUGGCAAGCAGUUAACCGUCGGUGUAAUCGGCCGCAAGGAGACAGUGUUCGACAAGCCUAUGACGCCCGGCGAGAUCCAGUCCGUCAUGUAUUCCACGAUACAGCCGUAUGACAUCAUCGGCGCUGUACUGCAACAGGAAAUAGUUCUCUACUGUGGUCGCCUGAUCGGUACCAAUCCAAACAUGUUCCGCGGAAUCCUCAAGAUCCGCGUGGGCUGGGUGUUGGAGGCGAUACGUAUAUAUCUGGACCUGUUCCCGGAGGAGAAGCGAGCGGACGCCACGCUCGAGAGCCUCUCGCCGUAUAAGCUACGGACAUUGCUACAAAAGGUGCUCACCGUGUCCGACUGGGCCGAAGAAAAGGGAUUGACGCCCUUGCAACGGAGACGAUUGGAGGGCUGUCUAUGUCGCGUCCCGAAACAUUUCUACGUGCAAGUGUGGGAUAUUUUACUGCGAACGCCUAACGGAAUCAUUGUUGAGGGGCACGCGAUCCCAGCGCAGCCGACGUUGGUGAACAUGUCGCGCUCGGAGCUGUCGUUCGCGCUGCUGGUGGAGGAGGCGCUGCUGCGCGUGCCGUCGGCCGAGCGGCGCCAGCUGUGCGUGGAGCUGCUGUGUGUGCUGGCCACCAUCCUGCGCCGCAACCCCGAGCUGUACCUACAGCAAGCGCUGCACCUCGACCGGCUGCUGGACGACGCAGACACCACCUAUGCCAAGGACAGCGGGCUGGCGCGCGGCUCGCUGGGCGCGGCGGCGCCGGGCGUGUCGCUGGGCUACCUGGCGCGCGCCGUCGUCAACUCCGUGCUGCAGGCCGCCGCCGCGCCGCCCUCCGCGCAGCACGACCACGAGUCCUGCCUCGUCGCCUAGCGCCUCUACACCUACACGAGUUCGUCAAAUGUUGUGACGGCUUUUGUCAUUUUAGCGGAAAUGUCUAUUUACUAUAUUUUAUUUUUAUUUGAAAGAGAAGUAAUUCGUGUUUAACGAACUGGUUACUUUAUUAAGUUAAUGAACUUUAUUUCUUUCGGCAAUUUUAUUAGACAAUAUUGAAAUAAAAUGGCAAUCAU